GGCCUGCCCUGCUCCGCUCCGCUCCCGCUUCCCGGUGCCGCGGCCACGCUGGGGGCUGAGGCUGCCGCUGCCGCUGCCCUGCGGGUCUCACCCACCCUUCACGGGGCGACGCGGCCUGAUCCUCUUUGCUCUUGUGUUGCUGCGCCAAGGCCUCCAGCUUGCCGAGGCCCUCGCAGGGAGGCGCGACCCAGGGGAAGAAAGCGAACCCCAAGCUGGAGCUCACCUAGGAGGAGAAGCGGGAUAUCCGAGAGGCUUUCGACCUGUUUGACACGGACGGCACUGGGUACGUGGAUGUUAAGGAGCUAAAGAUGGCCAUGAGAGCACUUGGGUAUGAACCUAGAAGAGAAGAGAUCAAGAAAAUGGUAUCAGAUAUAGAUAAGGAAGGAACAGGAAAAAUCAGCUUCAGUGGCUUCUUAAGAGUGAUAACACAGAAAAUGGUUGAAAAAGAUUCCAAAGAGGAGAUUCUCAAAGUCUUCAAACUCUUUGAUGAUGAUGAAACUGGUAAAAUCUCUUUCAAAAACCUCAAACGUGUCACCAGAGAGCUGGGGGAGAAUCUCACGGAUGAGGAGCUGCAGGAAAUGAUCGAUGAAGCAGACAGAGACAGGGAUGGGCAAGUGAACGAGCAGGAAUUCCUGAGCAUCAUGAAUGAGACCAGCGUUUACUGAAACAGUUUCACCUCUGUUUUGCACAUAUGUGUAAACAUUUAAUAGGCACCUCACUUUUUUACAGCCUUUAUUUCUUUUCAGACAGCAAAAAAUGUGGGUCAGUGUUCUUGACGUGAAUGUUCUUACACUUGUGUUUGUGAGCAGUUACCAGCUGCAAACCUAUUUAGGUGUAACAAUGUGGCUGCUCCUUCGUGCUCAUAAGAUCUUUACACUCUGUGUAUAGAUCACAUUUGUCAGUGCCGGUGUUCACACCCUUCUCUGAUUAAAACCCAUGUGUCAAGUGAUUAUGGUUUGGCAAAGAGAGGACUCAAAACCUGAUAGUGCAAAGCUGUUAUUCAGCAGUUGAUGGUUUUAAUUCAGUGCCUUGGUUUGGGUGCAGCUGCAGUGACCUAUUUAUAUGACAUAUAUGCAGGGAUCAGCACUUUAUACUCUGUUUGACAGUGAUUACCCUCCUCCCCAUUUUUAGUAUGUUCUUUAAAAAUAAAGUAAUAAGUAAAUAGACUGCUGCAACUUAUGGUACUGCUGCUCAGUACCCACCUUCAAAGAAAUCUCUUUGCAGCAGGAGAGGAAAGUGGCCAGAGCUGCUGCUGCAAACUCUAGACAGUUGCAGGAAUAUUCAGUGGCUUCACAUAUAAGAUUGUAUUUAAACUAAAGUGUCUUAUUUUAAGCCA